AUGCCGGAGCUACCGCGCCUUAAUCCACGGCGUGUAGCGCUCGGCCUCGCGCUACUUGCGUACACCCGCAACACAGGACGCAAUCUCCGCCAGCAGCACACUUUGCUACUGCAGAAUGAGCCGCGUCUUCCUUGGGUGGAGCAUGUCAAAGCUGCUCUCAAGUACACGACCACGGGGCAGCUCAUUGCCUCUUCCGAAUACCUUUUAUGCCUGAUCAAGCCUCAAUUGGCCGCGAGGAUUGGUCGAUUACUGGUAUGGACGCCUCGAGAUUGCCGCGUUAACUGUCGCUAUGGGCCCCACGAACGCAACACACUUGACGUCUACGGAGUUCAGGAGCAGGGGGAGACGACAGGAGCUAAGCCAGUGCUGGUCUUCAUGCACGGAGGAGCGUGGUCUUUUGGGCACAAGUGGCAGUACGCUCUGGUGGGGGAAUAUCUGGCUACUCAGGGCUUCUUGGUGGCAGUUCUUGACUACAGAACGUUCCCUUACGGCUCAGUGGUGGACAUGAUCGAGGACGUCGAGAACGCGGUCUUCUGGGUCGCGGAGAACUGCGGGUCACUUGGUGGAGAUAGAAGUAGGCUCUUUCUUGGCGGACACUCGUCUGGUGGACACGUGGGUGCGUUGGCUCUCGAGAUUGCGAGUCACGUGAAAGGAUUCAUCGGACUUUCAGCGCCGUACGACAUCUCGGAUCAUUAUAUUUUCGAGAGCGAGCGCGUCGUAGGUCCGUUUAAUGGGGUGCACGAGAUUUCGUCGAUGAAGCCUGCAAUGCUGGGCAUGGGCAACUUUAAAAAGUCCAGUCCGACAGCUCUCGUUGCCGAAGCAAGGGACAUGGGCUCUUCACUUCCGCCAUUUUACAUUCUGCAUGGGGGAGACGACACGGUUGUUCCUACGAGCUCGUCAAAGAAACUUGUCUUUAAUCUGAAACAAGCAGGUCAAGCAGCGACGUCCUACGAAGUGAGCAACUGUACACACGAGGAUAUGGUGUUUGCGGUUAUGGGCGAUAAUGUCGUCUGCCGCACGGACAUCAUCAACCUAUUGAAACAGAUCGUGUCUGAACCCAAAGAACCCGCGGCACUGCCCUCGGACGCGGUGGUUUUGACGGUGCCAUCAACGUUGGCGUCGAAACUAUGA